AAAAAGCUUACACAGACUCUGCUGCAACGCGAACGCCCACCGUCUCGUCUCUCGCCCUCGGCCACCAUCGCCUUUUCAGAAAGCGAGGAGAGGAGGGGAAGAGGAACGGGAGAAGUGUGCUCCGCUCCAUCCGCCCCACAGGAAUGUCCGACGAGGCCAGGCGCGGGGCCGCGGGCGCCGCGCAGGCGGCGCUCCGGGCCUCCUCCGAGGACCGCAAGCCGGGGGGCGCCGCGGGCGCGGCCGCGGGGUCCCCGCUGCCGGCCGCGACGGCGCACAAGAUCCAACUCAAGAGCGCCGACAUGAAGGAGGAUAUGCGGCAGGAGGCCUUCGACAUCGCCCGCGUCGCGUUCGAGAAGCACAGCUUGGAGAAGGACAUCGCGGAGUACAUCAAGAAGGAGUUCGACAAGAACUACGGCCCCACCUGGCACUGCAUUGUCGGCCGCAACUUCGGUUCAUACGUGACGCACGAAACAAACUACUUUGUGUAUUUUUACAUCGAUUCUAAGGCCGUCUUGCUAUUCAAGUCUGGGUGAUUGGCACGGCUGAUGCGAGCACCUUUGCAUGCCUCCAUCCUAUUGCUCUCCUAUAUGUCCCCUUUUCUCUGAGUCGUCUGCAGCCAAGCUGGAAACCGGGAAAUUUAUGAGCCUGCAUGUUGAUGUAUCAACGACGGAUUAUUUCCGUAUUCCAGCAAUGCAAGAUCAGAUUGUGUAUCUGUUUUACGUCUGAUACAUCUAGGUGUUGUGAGGACAUUGUCUUAUUGCAAUAUGAUUGCCAGAAAAUUGGACGAACAGUUGUUGCCGACCAGGUAGACUUCCUCUUAUCCGUCUAUGAUUGCUUGGAAAAUAAGUCUUCUUGCUGUGCCCAUAUAUGCGGUUCAUACAGUGGGUGAUAUGAGUACAGUCGCAAAUUGUUAAGCCCUUGUGUGAGUACUAUGUAUGGGCUGUGUAUAUUUGAAUGUAUUCAUAGGCCUGUGGUCCACAUAAUAAUUCAUUUUCAUCUAGAUUCAGCGGGCAUAA